AUGUUCAAAUUCGAUACGUACAUUUUAGUGGCAUUCGUUGCCUUGAGUCUAAAUGUAAUCCAGGCAAAGUCCUUCAAUUCGGAUCAAGAUCGCCCGGGCAAAUGGUUGAACGAAAUAUUCCCAUUGCUAGAUUAUGUCGGUACUCAGUAUGGACUGUGCACCAGCAAUACCUCAGAUGGGUUAAAGGAAACACUUUCUAAAUUGGCGCUGGUGGAAAGCAAAUUGACAGGGGUGCAGGAUCAACAUAAAGGUAUACAGAAGUCAAUUAAAGAUCAUUCGACCGAAGAGAAAACAUUGCUGGAGAACAUCGAAAUGAGGCUUGGAAAGAUUGAAGAUCAUAUAGCAGAAAUAAAUCAGACACAAUUCCAACAAUGGUCCAUACUGGAAGUUGGCAGUCCACAGGACUUCAAAGCAGUUCUAGAUAGGAUGGAAGAACUUCAGAUGUACAUGCAAAGAAAGAUUGCAAACCAGCAAAGUGUGAAAAUAAUGAAAAAAGCUCUUAUCGGAAUGGCAAAUUUUAAAAGAAUUGGCACCCGAUACUUCUAUAUCGAGACAGAAGUGAGGCAAAAUUGGUAUACGGCUAAAGAAACGUGUCGUGAAAUGGGCGGUUACUUAGCUUCCAUUAAAGACUACAGCGAACUUGAAGAACUGGAUAAAAAACUAAUUAAAUUAGAACACUACUGGCUGGGCAUCAAUGAUUUGGAAACAGAGGGCGAAUACGUAUCAGAGGCUACCGGUAUAAAAGCCACAUAUUUGCCCUGGAGAAGUGGUGAACCCGACAACUUAGUAGACGAGGAUUGUGUUUUUAUUUCGUCCGUGAAAAAUCUACGGAAAUCAAUGAAUGAUCUUCCUUGCUCCCAGCAGCAUUAUUUCAUUUGCCAAUUUGACAAUGAAAUUUAG